CGAGCGAGCGAGCGAGCGGGAGCCGGAGCCUCGCGCCCCCCGCUCCACUCCGAUUCUCUCCGCGCCAGAGCCAGGCGCGCCAGGUAGGGUGAGCCGGUGGUGCCGCUGCCGCUGCCGACCUUUUUGGCCCUUACCUCACGUCCCAGGGUCCUGCGGGCCCUCGAGUUGUGGGGCGCCCGCGCUGCUGUGUCCAGACAGCGUUCCCUGAGAGCUCCGGGAAACGGGAAGACAGCCCCAGGCGUCCCGCCUUUCUUCUCCAGAAAACGCACGCCCCACAUCGCGCUCCCCCGUUCCUCCUGCUCCAGCGUCCUCUGGUCCUUCUUUCUGUCUGUGCCUCCGUCUUUGUCUCAACCUCUCAGGCUUGCUCGCUCCCUGCUCAGAUUUUGUGGCCCAGGCUCCUGGCUGUCUGACUCCAGGUUUCUGUCCCCUUCCUGCCUCUGAGCUUCCAUCUGGGCCUCCCCUCUGGGAGACUUGCGACUUGACCAGUUUUGGCCUCAGCCCCCAUCUGGGUCCCUGUCUCCAUCUGUGUAUGCUGGUCUUCCUCCCUGCUUCUCCUUCGCUUGCCUGGGUAAGCUGCUUCUUUCCUGAUCCCCAGAGGAGCCCAGUGCCCCUGCCUUGGGGAGCUGAGGGGGCAAAAUGAAGAGGCUCAGCCUCCGUGGCCAGCACAUGGGGUCCUUGAGUUAGUUGCUGCCCUUCUUCAAACUCAGUUUCCUUUCCUGUUCUGAGGAAAGAGGUAUGUCCCUCUCCCAGCCUUUCCAAGCCUGUGUGAUUGUGAGAGCCUUUGUGGGGUGUGUGUUUGGGAAGGCAACUGGGGUACAAAUGAUUGGACGCAGUGGGGAAGAGACAGGGAGGGGGUCUCAGAGGGCCAUGGCCAGGGUGGGCAGGGCCCUGAAGCUGAGGAUGGGGAGAUUGGAAAUGGUGACUUUCUCUGCUGGGUCGAGAGUGAAGAGAAAACAGAGGCACAAAGUCUCAAGCAGCGUUCUACAUAGAGCUAGAGAGUCCCGCACUCUCACCCUUAGCACUGUUUGGAGACUCUAGCCCCCAACCCUGACACACACAUACGUGAACAUCUGCUUGCCCUGUUGACUUAGGACCUUGAGCCACUUGGGUACCCUCCCUGAGGCCAGCCAUUCCACCUUGCUGUCUCAUUCCCAGGGCUUAGUGUCUCUAUUCUUUCCUCAGUCAGGAAACUGUGGGGAUGGCUUUUUAAGAACCAAAGGUUAGAACCCUUGGGUGUUCACAUGGGCUCCAGUCUCCCCACGGGUUGGAGACUGUCCCUUAGAGACGCUUCCCUUCCUCUUCCCUGGUGGGUCCUCAGACAGCAGUUCCUUCUCUCUGGAAAUCCAAGGCUCAGGAUGGGGACCUCUGAGUUUGUGACUGUGACAUAGUCUGUUCCAAAGGAGCUGGGUCCCUUCGCAUCUCUCUUCUUGUCUGUCCUUUCCUGGUCUCUGUUUCCUCCUCUCUUUGCCUUCGCUGCUUCUAAUCUCAUCCCCUGGAGACCCAGGUCUGCAGGACCCAUCCAUCCCCUUUGGGGCCAUGGGAUCGCUGCUUGGGCUCCUGGCACUGCUGCUGCUGUGGGGUGCUGUGGCUGAGGGCCCAGCCAAGAAGGUGCUGACCCUGGAGGGAGACUUGGUGCUGGGUGGGCUGUUCCCAGUGCACCAGAAGGGCGGCCCAGCAGAGGACUGUGGUCCUGUCAAUGAGCACCGUGGCAUCCAGCGCCUGGAGGCCAUGCUUUUUGCACUGGACCGCAUCAACCGUGACCCGCACCUGCUGCCUGGCGUGCGCCUGGGUGCGCACAUCCUCGACAGCUGCUCCAAGGACACACAUGCGCUGGAGCAGGCACUGGACUUUGUGCGUGCCUCACUCAGCCGUGGUGCUGAUGGCUCACGCCACAUCUGCCCUGACGGCUCUUAUGCGACCCAUGGUGAUGCUCCCACUGCCAUCACUGGUGUUAUUGGCGGUUCCUACAGUGAUGUCUCCAUCCAGGUGGCCAACCUCUUGCGGCUAUUUCAGAUCCCACAGAUCAGCUAUGCCUCUACCAGUGCCAAGCUGAGUGACAAGUCCCGCUAUGACUACUUUGCCCGCACAGUGCCUCCUGACUUCUUCCAAGCCAAGGCCAUGGCUGAGAUUCUCCGCUUCUUCAACUGGACCUAUGUGUCCACUGUGGCGUCUGAGGGCGACUAUGGCGAGACAGGCAUUGAGGCCUUUGAGCUAGAGGCUCGUGCCCGCAACAUCUGUGUGGCCACCUCGGAGAAAGUGGGCCGUGCCAUGAGCCGCGCGGCCUUUGAGGGUGUGGUGCGAGCCCUGCUGCAGAAGCCCAGUGCCCGCGUGGCUGUCCUGUUCACCCGUUCUGAGGAUGCCCGGGAGCUGCUUGCUGCCAGCCAGCGCCUCAAUGCCAGCUUCACCUGGGUGGCCAGUGAUGGCUGGGGGGCCCUGGAGAGUGUGGUGGCAGGGAGUGAGGGGGCUGCUGAGGGUGCUAUCACCAUCGAGCUGGCCUCCUACCCCAUCAGUGACUUUGCCUCCUACUUCCAGAGCCUGGACCCUUGGAACAACAGCCGGAACCCCUGGUUCCGUGAAUUCUGGGAGCAGAGGUUCCGCUGCAGCUUCCGGCAGCGAGACUGCGCAGCCCACUCUCUCCGGGCCAUGCCCUUUGAGCAGGAGUCCAAGAUCAUGUUUGUGGUCAAUGCAGUGUACGCCAUGGCCCAUGCGCUCCACAACAUGCACCGUGCCCUCUGCCCCAACACCACCCGGCUCUGUGACGCGAUGCGGCCAGUUAACGGGCGCCGCCUCUACAAGGACUUUGUGCUCAACGUCAAGUUUGAUGCCCCCUUUCGCCCAGCUGACACCCACAAUGAGGUCCGCUUUGACCGCUUUGGUGAUGGUAUUGGCCGCUACAACAUCUUCACCUAUCUGCGUGCAGGCAGUGGGCGCUAUCGCUACCAGAAGGUGGGCUACUGGGCAGAAGGCUUGACUCUGGACACCAGCCUCAUCCCAUGGGCCUUACCCUCAGCCGGCCCCCUGCCCGCCUCUCGCUGCAGUGAGCCCUGCCUCCAGAAUGAGGUGAAGAGUGUGCAGCCGGGCGAGGUCUGCUGCUGGCUCUGCAUUCCAUGCCAGCCCUAUGAGUACCGAUUGGACGAAUUCACUUGCGCUGAUUGUGGCCUGGGCUACUGGCCCAAUGCCAGCCUGACUGGCUGCUUCGAACUGCCCCAGGAGUACAUCCGCUGGGGCGAUGCCUGGGCUGUGGGACCUGUCACCAUCGCCUGCCUGGGUGCCCUGGCCACCCUCUUUGUGCUGGGUGUCUUUGUGCGGCACAAUGCCACACCAGUGGUCAAGGCCUCGGGUCGGGAGCUCUGCUACAUCCUGCUGGGUGGUGUCUUCCUCUGCUACUGCAUGACCUUCAUCUUCAUUGCCAAGCCAUCCACGGCAGUGUGCACCUUACGGCGUCUUGGUUUGGGCACUGCCUUCUCUGUCUGCUACUCAGCCCUGCUCACCAAGACCAACCGCAUUGCACGCAUCUUCGGUGGGGCCCGGGAGGGUGCCCAGCGGCCACGCUUCAUCAGUCCUGCCUCACAGGUGGCCAUCUGCCUGGCACUUAUCUCGGGCCAGCUGCUCAUUGUGGUCGCCUGGCUGGUGGUGGAGGCACCAGGCACAGGCAAGGAGACAGCCCCCGAACGGCGGGAGGUGGUGACACUGCGCUGCAACCACCGCGAUGCAAGUAUGUUGGGCUCACUGGCCUACAAUGUGCUCCUCAUCGCGCUCUGCACGCUUUAUGCCUUCAAGACUCGCAAGUGCCCCGAAAACUUCAACGAGGCCAAGUUCAUUGGCUUCACCAUGUACACCACCUGCAUCAUCUGGCUGGCAUUCCUACCCAUCUUCUAUGUCACCUCCAGUGACUACCGGGUACAGACCACCACCAUGUGCGUGUCAGUCAGCCUCAGCGGCUCCGUGGUGCUUGGCUGCCUCUUUGCGCCCAAGCUGCACAUCAUCCUCUUCCAGCCGCAGAAGAACGUGGUUAGCCACCGGGCACCCACCAGCCGCUUUGGCAGUGCUGCUGCCAGGGCCAGCUCCAGCCUUGGCCAAGGGUCUGGCUCCCAGUUUGUCCCCACUGUUUGCAAUGGCCGUGAGGUGGUGGACUCGACGACGUCAUCGCUUUGAAGACCCCAUACUCCCGCCCUGACACAGCUGCUCCUGGGAACCUAGUGCAGACCCACGUCCAGGGCCAGGAGGAAGUUGACUGGAGCACUGCAAUAAUUUAUUACCCACCCUAUGUCUGCCCCCAAAGUCACUUACCCACCUCCUUACCCCAACUCUUCAGACUCAGAAGUCAGGAGCCUUGGCCAGGAGCCUCUGCAGUGGCCACUAACUGCCCUUGUAGCUGUGUUUCCUCCUGGCCAGGCCCAGGGCUCAGAGAGGAGCAAGCCAGGGUUCACUCUGCCCUGGACCGGGGUGGCUGAGGACGGCAGGCCCCAGUCCUAACCAGCAAAGGUGCUUCCAGCCCAGCCCCUCCCCCCAACUAGGGCCUUUUUUAUUUUUUAUAUAAGUUACUCUGGGAUGGGGAGGGUGGUUAUUGUGGGGGCUGCCCCUCCCCCUGCACAGUAGUUUGUCCUGUGGUUUAUUUUGUAUUACCUGUAAAUAAAGUGGCUUUAUUUUAAAAAAUCA